AUGACCACUACAACGAAUAAUUCCACGAAAAGCUAUGCAAAUGUCACACAAAAUCCGAUGCUUCCUUCAAAGGACCAAGCCAUUGUGAUAGAUGCCAUCGACAAUGUCCAAAAUAAAGACUAUGCUCAAGCCUUAGGAAAAGUUAUUGACCCAAAAAUGAUUAGAUUCUUGUCAAGUUGUUGUAACAAUCACAUAAAUUAUGUCGUUGGUAUAUAUUAUCCUCAAAGUAUGCAUUUAAAUAGAACAGAUUGCGAUACGUUAUUUAGUCAAUUUAAUAAUAAAACUUUAAUAGCCGUUGACUUCGAUGCCCAUCACAUACACUGGUCUUAUCACACAGAUACGCGCGGUCGCCUGUUAGCCGAGAGUAGCUGUGACUAUGGGUUUGUUAACCUAAACGACGGCUCGCCGACGCGCAUAGCUCAGCUACAAUGGGUACCCUCCCAUGUGGGAGUUUUUGGUAAUGAGGUCGCUGAUGAGCUCGCCAAAGUAGCCCAAUCUGAUGGAAUUCCUCUUCGUGUAUCGCUACAGUCUUCAGAUUAUAUCCCAAUUGUAAAGAAGCUUUGCUAUGAUCAGUGGAAGACACAUUAUAAUGUGAUCUCUUGCGAAAAAGGCAUUUGGUACAAAUCCCUUACUGCUGAGCCUACACAAAUUCCUUGGUUCAGUAAUACUAGGAUGACAUAUAAAGAACUGGUUGCUUGUUUUAGACUUCGGUCAGGACAUGUUCUAUUGAACAAUUUUGGCUAUCUCAUGAGUAAAACAGAAAGUCCCAAUUGCGUG